AUGGCUAGAGAAAGCAGUCUAUAUUUUGUUCGAGUGCUAUUUUUUCUUAUUACAACAUUGUUAAAUACAGUUCUUGGUGAUAGUAGUGAUGAUGAUGGUAAUGGGAGAGUCAGUGUUGGUGCCAUUGUUGCUGCCGGUGUGGUUGGAUUUAUCAUAGUUCUCGUGGUUGUGUUACUUUGCUUCCAUGAAUGUUGUACAAAACCUAAGAGAACUGUAAAACCACAAAGAAUUUCGGUCGUAGGUUUAACUCGUCACACAGUACCUCCAAGUCGAGUCAUUCCGACAGCUCCAUCAAUGCAUUCCUCAGGAAUGUGUCCAGUCGAUCCUCCACCAUAUAUACCGUAUGUUGAUGACCCAUAUGACACCCAACAUAACCAGUCAUCGAAUCUAUUCAGCAGACAGUUAUCUUCUUCCAGUUCAACAAGGCCUUCUAGGAAUGAAAGACAUCCUCCUCCUGUCAUGCCUUGUACACCUUUGCUUAAUAUUCAAAGACAUCAGAGGUCAUCCGCUCCACCACCGUACUCAGGCUGA